AUGACCGCGAUACCUCCUGACACAGCUGAUGCUGCUAUGUCACCAAUAUUUCAACCUACCGAUGCAGAUGCUCUCACGAGAGCGGGUCACCUGAAGCCAGCGCAUGGAAGAAGACGUGAAGUGUCAUCGCAUCUACUGUCUGAGGAGUAUAUCUCAAGCUCGAGCGGGUCAGAAGAUACGCAGAUAGUUCCAGAUCUGCUUGUGUCUCCGGAGACACUGAUAUAUCUCGGGUGGGGACAACAAAAAGCUGGAGAAAUUUGGAGAAGAUGGCGAGAGAUCAAAGAAGCUGAGACAGAAGAUGGGCGAGAGGUUAUUUUUGAGAUGGAGUUUUUAGACUUUGUACUUGAAAAAUACGUUCCGGAGGUCAACAUAUUAAAUGACAGGGAGGCGUCUAUUGAGCAAAUGGAGCUCUGGGGAUUGGCGGCUGAGCUAAUCAACUGCAUAAUGGCAAGUGAAUUUGAAGAUGUAAGGGCAACAGAAACGAUCCAAUAUUGGGUCCGCGAUACAAUGAGUAUUCGAUACUUAGGUCUUGAGGGGCUACAAAAGAAUAGUGCCAGAAGGGACGAGAAGAGAAGAAAUGGCACCAAUGAUGGUGGGUCUGAGAUACGAGCUGCGGUUGCAAGAGCGCCGUCAUCAACCGUACCGGGACAUACGAUACUCUUCAAGGCUAUUUCAAGCACCCGAGUUGGGUACUUACCGGAUGGAAGUAUGGAUAUCGAAUCUCUCACAAACUUACCGCCAACGGAUUUUAGAGGAAGGGUCUUUGCUCCACUCUACUUCACUUCGAGCCUCAGUGUCGCAAAAGUAUAUCGCGAUUAUGCCCGAAACCGAACAUCAUCCCCAGUCUUGAUGAUACAGAUGAAUGUACCGAAUUCUUUCAUAGAGGCUCUCCCCCCGUACAUUUGUUCAUUCGGAGAUCUGUGGAAGCAGAUUGUGUAUACCUGUAGAGGAGGUAACAACUUGCGAGGUACCAUGGCUAAGAUACACAGUCAUGCACUAAUCAUCGCUCCCAUUGCAAAGGGAGACAAUGACGCCAUUUCUGGUCUUAGAGAUUGGCGAGAGAUCACACUGAACAACGUCAUGCAUGUAGAUGGAGAAGAAGCCAUCCAAAGCUGUGUUUCGAGAGUUAGAAGAGGUGUGCGAACUAAGCGUGAUCAGGGCUUAGGUUAUGCUAUUAGGGCUCGAGACUACUCAUUGGCUGACGAAUUCGGAGUAUCAUCGGUUAAAAAAAAGAGAACACUGGAAUGUACCAUUCUGUAA